AUGUCUCGCUUUGCAAUGCCCCCAGACAGCCCAGGAGCCAGGCGUGAUUGCAGUGCUAACACCCUACAGAUGUGUGGUCAGAUCUUCUCCAAAGUGAAACGCUGGCGUCCAGGUGACUCAGGUCCUGUGUGGAAGACAGCGUCCCGCCCAAGGAGAGGGCUCUCCAGGCAGUCUUCCUCCUCCUCCUCCCCCAUCCCUGUGGUCCUUCCCACACCUCCCUGCCCCUUAAUGCAGGAAGCUGGACGACGGUGGCCUUUGUGUGAACUAGCAUUGCAGGGUGAAGUCUAUGGGGAAGGGGGAGGAAGGCUCUUUCUGCUGGGAAUUACCCCUCCUAUUUCAGCCAUGGCGUUACUAGUCAGACUGUGUCUUUCCUCUUUCGACCUGUGUUGA